GCUUUUGUGGCCACAGGAACCAAUCUGUCUCUCCAGUUUUUUCCGGCCAGCUGGCAGGGAGAACAGCGUCAAACACCUAGCCGGGAAUAUGUCGACUUAGAAAGAGAAGCAGGCAAGGUGUACUUGAAGGCUCCCAUGAUUCUGAAUGGAGUAUGUGUCAUCUGGAAAGGCUGGAUUGACCUCCACAGAUUGGAUGGUAUGGGUUGCCUGGAGUUUGAUGAGGAGCGAGCCCAGCAGGAAGAUGCAAUAGCACAACAGGCCUUCGAAGAGGCUCGAAGAAGAACUCGUGAAUUUGAGGAUAGAGACAGGUCUCACCGGGAGGAAAUGGAGGUGAGAGUUUCACAGCUGCUGGCAGUAACUGGCAAGAAGACAACAAGACCCUAGUCCUGGUUCCAAUUUAGGUGGUGGUGAUGAUCUCAAGCUUCGUUAAUACGAGCACAGCACAUGUGCCAUCCAUCUCUACAUAUACACUGCUUCUAAUUGGUAUACAUAACUCAUUGUGCGACCAGAAACUGUGAUAACUGGAGGUACUACAGUAUAUUUCAUGACCUGAGGCAGUAAAAGACAUCAUCAGCUGCCAUGGUUUUGCACUAUAAUUAAUACCUGCAUUUCUGAUUUUUAAAACAUGUAGCCAGUAAUAAUUUGAGAUUUUUUUUUCUAUGCAAGCUUAUCUUGUUGGCAUUAUUUUAGUUGAUGAAAGUAUCUACUUUCUCCAUUUUAAUUUAAAAGUUCAUGUCAUUUAAAAACAAGAUAAGAAACUGAAAUUUGUAUCAGGGUUUUCUUCAGCAGUUGCUUAAAAUUAUUUUGUACUUUCAGACGAGUUGGUUAUAUAGCUUUCCUCCUUGAUAAGCGUUCUUUGUGUUUGUUUUCUCCAUAUCAUUUUGUGUUUUUUGUAUUCUACAUCAUUUUACAAAUGAAGAUGUGUUCACAUUUUUACAAGCUAAAAACCUAGCAGCAUAGAGCUGUCACAGCCUCCUAAAACAAAAGUUUACAGUUGUUAAAGUCACAGUAUCCUUUUAAAUACUAAUACCCUUUCUUGACCUUUGAAACAUAAACAUUUUAAAUUAGUAUCAAUUUUUAUUUGUCUCAAAUCUGUUUCAAGUUAUAUUCUGUGAUCAUGAGUUUGGGUAGAGGUAUUCUCCAUAGGUGAUAAUGUUCUACAAAAAUGCCCAAAGAAGUCACAUACUGGCUUCUGUUUUAUUCAGGGAUUAUUUUUUAAGUCAAUCAGAAAAAGGGAUACUGGAACUUCUUAUAUGUAACAGCAUAUUAAACUGGAGGCAGUGAUGAAUCAGCUACAAAGGUAAAUUGUAUUAAAAUCAUGUUUUAAGAUAGCUGCUUUCCUGUGUAUUUUGUAUUGCAUGCUUUUGUAGGAACAAUAUUGGGUGAUGAAGAUUAGUCUUAGAAAAUGUUCAUCUGUGCAGAAGAUACAUUUUCUUCCAUUAAUUCUGGGCAAAACAUUCACAGUUAUAUAUGAUGGUAUUUUGCAAAAGGACUAUUAAUAAUGCAUUUUGAGAUGAAUCAGUGUAACAAUAUUUUUAAAAUAGGCUUAAUGUCAAAUUGCAAUUUUUUUAAAUGUAAAACUGGAAAAAAGUGCUAAGUCAUUUGGCACAUGCUUACUUUUCUUGGUCAUAUUCAUUAAAUGUUAACUACAUUUCUGAAUUUUUGCAAAAAUGUAUUUUAUCAUAAAAUGGCAUUAUUUUAGAGAAUUUUAAAAACUGACAUGGUCAAUUCAGAAAAAUCUGAAUAAGGUCAUUGCAUUUAAAAAACAUAUAAAGAUACUUGAUUGUGCAGGUGUGUCUUUCAUUGUAUAUAAGUCUUAUAAUUCAUAAACAAAUAUCCUGUAUCUCAAAAUAAAAAUAUUUGUUAUAUAUUUGAAGUCGUGCAUGGUAAAAGAUUGUGUUUGAAUUAUUAUAAACAAUAAUGUGUUACAAAAGAUCAUGCUGGCUUUGUAUAACUGAGUACUAUGAAUGAAUUUGGUUAGUAUUUGGUGAUGUACAGCUCACAUGUUUACACUCUCAGUGCCCUAAUUCCUCUGGGGGAAUUACCUUUUAAAAGUGAUCCUUACAGGGGUGUUUUAAGGUUACUUUAAUCACAGAGCUCCUUUGUUUUGACCUCUGCACUUAAUUUUAUUUUUUAAAAACCAUGUUGGUGGUACAUUUUGUCUGGUUCUAGCCAAGAGCUUUCAGUCCACCAGUGAAUAAGAUCACAUGGUAUUAAAUUUUGUUGUUGCCAUCAUUCUGUAAAUAGUGAUUUUUUUUUUUAUUAGCCUUGCACUGCUUCUGUCUGUCUUAAUGCUGGCAUUAAGAUUAUAAACCCCUUUUCUCCGGUAGUGUAGGCUUUGAAAACUAAGUUAUUGGUGCAAUUUCAUAUUUUUUUCAUAAUCUAUAUUUAAAAUUACAUCAUUGCAUCAUCUUUUCUAAAUUCAUCUCCAUUAAAACUUGCCUUAAGCUACCAGGUUGCUUUUACCAUUAGCUUUACUGUAUAUUUGUAUGUUUAAUUUAGUUUCACAUUAAAAUUCUGUGUAGUGAAAACAA